AUGCUUCGUGGUCCUGUCUAUGAGACAUUCUUUGUCAUGUUUCUCUCUUUUGGCACUCUGAAUGUACAUCUUCACAAUCGAUUCAUCACCGAGACCGUCAUUCGAGAGUACUACGAUACCUUCCCGAGGACUCUUCUUGAUUCGUACAUCGUUAAGUACAAGACGUUCUUCAAAAAGAAACCUAUGCUUUCGUAUUUCUUCUAUCUCUUCGUCCUCUUGGGCGUUUACGCAUCUUUCGUCGUUCCGGAACUGUUUUAUCGCGGAAAUUAUGCAAUCCAUCCUUCUGCUUGGGUUUCUCUGGGAACAACUUCUGCUAGCCUAGUCCUAAGCAUAUUUGUCUGGUUUUCCACGAAAAGACAAGCCACUGCGAUCCCAAGCGAUUCUACCGUAACCCAAAGACUGCAGGUUCAUCAAGCACAAACAACCGCUGCUAAGAUGAUGCUCCUUACCGUACUCCGUUGGGUUAUCAGCGUCUCAUGGGUUGUUAUUCCCUUCUUCCCAAUAAAACACACUUCUGACACCAAUGUCCUUUGCCUUCUGAUCCUCGGAGUCUGCAGAUGCAUGGAAGCCACGCUGUUCCCGAUCCUAUUCCCUCUUCUCCGUCACAUUGACCUGAAACUAUUUCACACUGAAAUGGAGAACCAGUUCGCUGCUGCAAUUAUCACAAUACUGGUUUUUAUGGUUGGUGCCAUAACAAAUAUCCUUGUUUUGUAUGCUGCAAAGAAGCUGCCUUCCAUGAACAGCUCCUUUGGUAUUAUCACCAAAAACCAAGCAGUUUCAACUACGAUCCUUUGUUUUAUUUUUAUUUUCUUCGCCUUUCCAUGGCAGUUGGAAUUGGCGAUUAGUUUCAUUGCAUACUCUCAUUAUGUAGGUAUAGUUGCUACAACAAUGUACCAUUCUUCUAUUAUGUUCCAUUUCUUUCUGGCGUUUAACCGAUUGUGUGCUGUAUUCUUUCCACUUCACUAUAAGAGUAUCUUCACUAAUUUUUUCACUCUCAACGUCAUGAUUAUGCUUUGGAUUAUAGCUAUCAUCAAAUGUACCAUAUCCUACGGAGCUGUUGGGUGCUAUUUUCAAUAUUACGAAUCCUUCUGGACAUUCUCCUCUUUAUCAUCUGAAUUUUGUGAUUCUGUAAACUGGUACACCGAUUUUAUCCCCAACAACUCAUUUGGUGUCAUAAUAGUUACUAUAAACUUGGUGUCUGGUUAUAGAGUAGGGAGAAACAGAAAAUCAUUGAAUCCAGGAGUUCAAAUGACGAAGCAACAGAGACAACGAGAAAUAUACUUUGUCAAGCAAACCUUUUUCCAAGGAACUUCCGUUUUCGCUGGACUUGUAACCUAUUAUGUAUUGGCUCCAUUAUUCGUGAACGAGGUUAUCCUUUUUGUUCUCUCCAAUAUUUGGGCUUUCAUGCAGGCAGCGGAAGGAGUAAUUAUUUUUGCAUCAAAUCGCGAAAUGCGUUCGGUAAUACGGAAGCCAAAAAAGCUAUACACUCAAAUGGAAUACCUCAAAACAUACGGAGAGUUUUCAGUACCAGCUGGAACUUUUAUAAUGAUUUUUGAACGUUAUGGGGCAGUAUUCUUUCCCAAUUCUCGUUUGACAUUGAAAUACAAACUGUGGUUUAUGGGUCUUCUUUGUCUCUAUCUCAUUGGUUUGAGCACUUCUAUCUACUUAAUGAGAAUAUGUACAACAUCACUUGCUCAACUGUCAGCCUAUUCUAUAAACUGUUUUCUGUCGACAGUAUCGUCUGUGAUUUUCGUUCAUUUGUACUUUACUUCGAAGAGACAGUAUUAUAAAACAUUGGGAGUGUUGCAACUCAAAGAACGAUAUCUGUUAUCAGAAAGCUAUGAGUUAUGCCAAAACUGCUUUGCUGCUACAUUUACUUCUCUUGCCAUCAACACUUCGCUUUUCCUUUCUUUCUGGCUCUUUGUCCUGGGUAUCAUUCCUUUUGGUUUUAUGUAUCCAUAUUUUCUGUGUUACGACAUGGUGUUAAACAUAUCUGCGACUCUUUAUCCCAUCCUCUUCAUUUGCAACAGUAAGAAAAUCAAGAGAAAGAUUCACGCGAUGAAAACAGGUCCACCUCAAGAAAUUGAAAUUCGUCAAUUGAAUGGAAACAUAAUAAACACUACUCAAACUCAGGAAGAGUACUUCCAGCAAUUGAAUAACUGUUGGGCCUGA